GUCUGUUGUUCGAUGAUGCUCAGUCGGAAUUUUGCUUCCGUCUCGUUGAUUCUUCGUUGUGACUCUGACUCGCAUCUGUUCGAGGCAUGUCAUCUCUGAUCGUGCAAUAUCGAGGACAUUCCUCCGUUAAACAGUUUAGGUUCGAACAGGCGAUUAUCAAUUAGAAAAAUCGAAGGUGAUUUCUCUGAAUCGGAGAGAAGAAUGUUGAUGAAACGUCGAAGAUUCAACAGGUACUAGAAGAGAUCUAAUUGCACAGCGUGCAGACUGCUGUUAAUACGAUUUUUUAUUGAGAUAAAGAUCUAUUUUUUUCUUUUUUUUUUUUUUGGAACACUUUUAAUAACUGCUAUCGAAUCUUGUAAGCUGAUCCAGGAUAAAAUAACGUUGACCUCUUCGGGCUCGUUCUUCCUUCAACAAACUCUACUGCAAUGAAGCGAAAUUGAAGACCAACGGAGUGCAUCAGUGCAGACAGUGCGACCUACAGAUUUGCAAGUGCGCUACAUGAAAGCAAACGAUGAGGCGCUAUCGAAUUUGGAGCCGACCAGCUCGGAUAAAACGGACAAGAAUGAAGAACAACCUGUGGUGGACGAACCGCUAGAUAACAACCCGAAACCAACGCUAGACAUUGUAUCAGAUGCGAAUAUAGUUCAAGGAACAGUUCAGUCGAGCUUAGAACUUCCACCGACGUUGCACGAACGAUUUAUGCGAAUCAAGCAAAUAGUGAAAGAUGCCAUAGCUGCGCAUCACACGUUUAUGGUGUAUGGAAGGGCGCGAGUGAUUCGUGAAUGUAUGCUAAGACGAGGAUGGUGCGAAAAGUUCUUCAAAAAGAGUACCAAUGGCGAACAACAUUUUAACGUGGAUGCAAGUCCUGUCGUAUUGUUGGCUGGUAUCGGCGAUUUAAGGGAUCAACAAAGCGAGCGCCAAUUGAUCUCUAGAAUGCUCACUAAUCACACCGUGGAUUUUCUAUGGAACACAGGAUCGGAAUGGCCCGGUUGGCCAGCACAGGACAACAAAACGACGAUUUUUAACAGAUAUUGUCGGGCAGGAUUCACGUCGAAGGUGGGUUUAUGUUCGAACGUCAGACAAAUGCACUGGUAUUACGAGGCUGGAGUGGCGAACACACUUUUUCCACGUUGCUAUAAUUUAUGCCAAGGCGAUCAGAUGCACGCUUUCGUCGAAGACUUUCGAUUCACAGCAUGUCUAGGUCUGUUAAAAUGGUUAGUUAAUAAGAUCAACAACGAAGGUGAAAACGCAGUUAGAGCACCGACUGGCACGGUGCCCUUGAAGGCGUUAGAGUUCGCAAUUAAACGAUGCAGCGAUUACAUUAGCGCACAGUCGCACGAGGAUAUCGACCAAGAAAUCGAAAGGGUUUGGGUGCAUCAAUGGGAUCAGUUUAUCAGCUGGUACUAUCAAAUCGUUCAUGGCCACGCUCUCUUUGUUCGAAACAAUGUGCCAUUUCAAAAAUUCUUCUUGGCGUCGAAGCAUAUCCUGAAGAAGAUGAAGAAGUACUGGCCACAAAUCGAUAUGGACGGUGUGAUGAACGUGUGGAUCAUGAAACCGGGAAAUAAAAGCCGAGGUCGAGGAAUCGUUCUCCUGAAUAAACUGGAAGAUGUCAUGGCGAAGAUGAAUCCAUCGAAUAAAUCAGACACGCGCUAUGUCGUACAAAAAUACAUUGAACGGCCAUUACUCAUACACAACACUAAAUUCGAUAUCAGACAAUGGUUCGUCAUUACCUGCGCCCAGCCCUUAACUCUUUGGAUAUACAAGGAAAGUUACCUGCGAUUCUGCUCCCAGAAAUUCAGUUUGACGGACUUCCACGAGUCGAUUCAUCUGUGCAAUCACGCGAUCCAGUGCAAGUACACGAAUUGCGGCGAUAGAAAUGCUGCGUUGCCCUCGGAUAAUAUGUGGGAUGCUACGACCUUCAAAGAGUUUCUCAAAUCUCAAGGACACGACAAAGCGUGGGACGAUAUAAUCUAUCCUGGAAUGAAGCAAGGCCUGGUUGGCUCUUUGCUAGCUAGUCAAGAAGCUAUGGAUCGUCGAAAAAAUAGUUUCGAACUCUAUGGCGCUGACUUUAUGGUUAUGGAUGACUUUUCCGUAUGGCUGAUCGAAAUCAAUAGUCAUCCUGACAUGAGUUACUCGAGCAAAGUUACGACACGCCUGUGCAGGCAAGUUCUCGAGGACACCAUAAAAGUGGUUAUAGAUUAUCGGGAAGAUAAAAACGUUGAUACAGGACACUUUGAGUUGGCUUACAAACAAAGGAUGCCAAGUUGUCAACCAUACUUAGGCGCAGCUCUAUCUCUUCAAGGGACUAGAAUAACUACUUGUGGGAAGAAAGCCAAUUUGAAUAAUCAGGAAUCGAAAGUUAGUCUCGUUUCGAAGUCCCCGAUGACUUGUUUAACGAAGAAGAAAUCGACUGUGCACAAUCAAAUCGGUCCAGUGAUCGUAGAUUUGAUCGAAGAAUUAGAAAUACAGCUUGACCAAGAAUUUUACGCUUACUACAAAGUGGACUCGCCUAAGUUAAGGCAAGCUCUACCAACGAGUGCACCUCCAAAGCCCUUAAUAACCGCUGUGCUGAUCGAUAAGCAGGAAUCGACCGUGAAAAGUGCACCUGUGGUUGGCCCGGUACCCAACGUUAAGUCAAAAUUCCCUACAUCGGUUCAGGAAAAAAUUGGCAAUAAUCAGAAACAUAUAGCGCGUAUGCCGAGAAAACCUCACACUUUCGCUGGAUCAGAUAGCAGUAAGGCAGAAUCAUCUCCGAUAUCACAAUCUUUGGUUACCAAGAUUAUGGCUUUUCAGAAGCAAUCUACAAAAUUGGUUCCAAAAAUAGAAAAACCUUUGAAGUCAAGCAAUGAUAAGAUAAUUAAGACGGUGAUACGAGAUGCCAUUAAAAAGUACAAGAAGAAUACUCCUCAUCUGUCCACCAUAACUCAGGAGACACCAACGUUGCCGUCUCUUCUAACUACAAACAAAGUUGGUCAAGCAGUGAACGUGAAAAAUAAAAAUCGUAACGUCCCAAAAAAAUAUCCUCGUCAAAAGAAGAAUAAGAUUUUAUCAGACAUCACGGACAUGUACGCCGUUGGUUUAAGGUUAACUAAGUGAUUGAAAAUGUCUUUGUGAUCUGCACUCGUUACUCUUCCAUUGUUGAUCUAUCCUUAGAGUCUAUAUUUGAACGUAUAUUUGAACUGAACUGUAAAUGAUCAAUAAAAAACUAUACUACCGACCGUUAAGAUCUUCCGAUUUUUUAUUCCCUGUAAGAAAAUACCGAAACAAAAUCAAAUCGACUUCUUCAAAUCGAAAAAAAACAUGAUUUGACAUUAAUUAACCAACAUCAAUGGCAACUUAAAAAAAAAAUCAAAAUUAUUAAAGUGGAACAGUCAGACAAAUGGAGGCCAUCGUUCUCCAAAAAUUCUCCUCUAAAUUCGAUGAUUAGCUGUAAAAAAAUUAAGCGAUAUACGUUCUUUUUGUCCAUACUUGUCACGUGGAAUGGAGUACGUCGACUCAUCUUGGAAUUCUGGAGGUACUGCAACCGCCAACAGUGAAGAUGAUUUUCAAUGCACAUUUUUUCGACGAUCCAAACGCAAAAUAAAGGUACGAUAUAUUGCGAAAGUCAACUCUUAAAAGCCAUCGUUAAGUAAAAGAAAUCAUGUUAAUGUCAUGAUGCAACAAAUUUUAAACCGAUACAUCUGUUUUUAUUUAAAUUAAAUUUCAUCAAAUCAAAUAGAUCAUACUGUGAUAAUAUCAUUAAGGAUGACUGCUAUUAUCAGCCACGGUGUAUGAGCGUUUAGGGAAGAACAACUAACCGUUCUACACAUUCGAAAUCCAACAAUGGCAAGAAAAACUUGAACCUUAAUAAAAAAAAGUUUGUGAACGAAUACAGCACAGUCUGUACUGAUAAAAUGUUAGAAAAUGUCUGGUCUUAUAAAACAGGUCUCGCCUGUUCGGAUUGUCCGAUGAGUUCUCUCUAGUUUGCUCAGAACACAAGCUGAUUGGCUGUUGUCAAACAUUAGUUUUUCAACCAACAGCAUCCUUUACUCGUCUUCAAAGGUAAAGGUAAGGUAAGGUGGUAGCAGAAUUGACGCGAGGUGUUCGAUUUCGGAAACGUGCGAAUACCUCACGUGGUUCCUUUAAUAUUAUUCCGGACGGAACAAUAUUAAAACAAAAUUCCUCGGUGCUAUGAAACUUCAUGUCUUUAGAAGGCGAAUCUUGUCGUUUAACUUGUCGGUCUACUAGAUUACUCUAAUUUUCCCUUACCAGCCAGGCACCUGUCACUCGCGGUGGUCAGACGAAAAUUCGAUCUCGUUCAAUUUGUCCGACACUUGCACCGAUUCGGAAAGCGAGUUUGACGAACAAGUGCACUCAACACCGUACCUACCAACGAACUCCAGUGGCACGUACACGAACGAUGAUCACAUUUCCAAGCCUGACGGAAAAGCACUCGAUGCACCGAGAGUAACAUUUAAUCAAACGUUAUACAUCCACUCAGACAGAAGCCUGAAAUCCUGUUUGCAGAAAGGAUCGAUGCGAAGAGAAAUUGAAAACGGUUUCACACAAAUCGUACGGUUAACGAAAAAGAGAAACUGCUUGAGAGAGAAAAAUGAUUCGAAGAAUAACUAUUGCACGAGAUUCUGUACGUCACGAUUUCCUACGAAAUGUGAGAAACAAAUAGCGUUGAAAGACAAAAUGUUUCUUGAAGAACGUAUGAAAAAUAGUAGAAACGUGCAGUCAGGUAAAAUUUGAAGGAGAUUUAAUUUCUUUUCUUUCUAUAUUAUUUUUGUAACGUGUUUCAUAUAUUCCAAGGCAUACAAAGUAUUCUUCGUGGUACUAAAAGGUCAUACGAUCCCACGAGUAUCGCACAGGACGACAGAAAUAUUUACAAAAGAAAGAAACUGAUUGAAAAUAGAAUCGUGAAGAAUAGACGUUUGCUGAAAUCUGUAGCAGAAGUGAUACGUGAGAUGAGUGUACAAAUUCCUCUUCGAAUGGACUUUGAUUCGAUCCAAAGUAUCAAGAAUACAGCUGCAGAGACUGAUCUGACGAGAUUGGAAGGAGAUAAAAUACAAGCGAAAAAACCGGAAAAAAUUGAGAACAGUCAAGCUAUUAAGGUCGAAUUGCAAAGGCCAAUUUUUAAAAAGACCAACGUGGAAAAAUUGUUGGACGACUCCAUGCGUGAAGCCGUGAAAAAAUAUAGAGCAUGCAGAAAUACGUGGGAUAGUAUAAAAAAAGAACAAUUUAUAAAAGCCUAAUAAAAAAAAGAAAAACAUUUUGUUUACUCCAAAUCAUGAACAUAGAGCAAUAUCGAAGCACACUUAUCGAUUGUCAAUAUCAUCAUCGAAUGAUGUCAUUUUUGAACGAAAGUUUGUCAACUAAAUUGAGAUGUAGAAAGAUUGACGCGACUAAAACAUGUUAAAGUAUAAAAAUAUACAAAUUUGUUAUUGAAAAUAUUCCACGAUGCGACAAAAGAAUGAUUAUAUAAUUGUUUCGCAAAACGACAAACAAAUAAGUCAAAACGUAGAUCUCAUUACAAAUUCUAACUAUGGAUUAUCUGACAUCCAAGGAGACUUUAAAAUAUCAAAAAAUGAAAAAUAUAAAUUAGAAGACUCGAACGUUGUAAAAACUAUUAAAACGCGCAAAUGGCAAAUUGUGUUAACCUCUCCCGAUUGUUCGAUUAAAGAGCACUGUCAAGGUUGGCAGGUACGAAAGAGUUGAAUUAAAAAGUCCAACAGAAUUUUCGACUAUUACAAAACACAUAAAAAUAUUAUUUCGCAAAAUUUUUUGUAAGAUAU